CUCUCCCUCACUCCCUUCAAAUUUCACAACCCUGCCCUCAUAGCUCCUUCCUUCUUCGCCUCUGUCUUCCAAAAACUUCCCCAGCAAAAUGAUGAGCCCCUCACGUUUUCUCGCGCUUCUUCUGGUCAUGUCUCUGCUCUCUCUCGCCUUCACCUACGGUUUCGGGAGAGCGCUGACGGAGACAGUUCCUCGCCAUCAUUAUCCUGCUAAGGCAGAGACUACAGAGGAAAAUUCCCGAAAAAUGAGGUUGAUGAUCCAAGUGAUGGAUUAUGGGGAUCCGGAGGCAAACACUAAUCCCAAAUAUGGAAAUCUGUUCAGCCCUCCUGCACCUUCAAUCACUCCCUCUCCCUCCUAAUGCAAGAACAACAAAUUUAGAUUGUUCCAAUGAUCAGUGUCCCGUCUUUCCAUUUCUCUGUGGAUUCUUUUGUUUCGAAUAAUUCCCUUUGGAUUUGAAUGGCGUGUGGGUGUAAGCUGAAACCCAGAAAUUGCCUGUGCAUGGUUUAGCUGUGUUGUUGUGGCGUGCUGUAAUAUUGUCGGUAAUAAUAAGGGACUCGCCUAUCUCAUUCUCAUCUGAUAAUGACAAAAGAAAUAAAAUAACGUUUGACUUA